AUGAUACAACUGAGAAUUGAAAAUAUUCAGGGUGGAGGAGCUCUAAUCGGUGAAGUAAACGGCAAAUACUACCGUUCGUACGCUAAUUACCUGAUAAAAUUCUUUGAAGAGUAUGCCAAAAAUGGCGUUCCAUUCUGGGGGAUGACACUUCAAAAUGAACCGACUUCGGGGGCUCUGCCUUUCUACAAAUGGCAGGCGAUGCUAUUCACUGCCUCCAUGCAACGGGAUUUCGUUAAGGUCACCCUUGGUCCCAUGUUGAAAAGCAAGAAUACAACAAAAGAUUUGAAAGUAAUGGCGUUAGAUGACAAUCGAAUCUCUUUACCCGGUUGGGCGGAUACGAUCUUCAACGAUCCAGAGGCUUCCAAAUAUGUGGAUGGAAUCGGCGUGCAUUGGUAUCUCGAUGCUCUCAUGCCGGCUUCUGUAUUGACAACUACGCAUAAUCGGCACCCCGAAAAGUUUAUACUUGCCACAGAGGCAUGUGCUGGAGCCUUUUUCGGCCACAGUCCAAUCUUGGGAGACUGGUACCGUGCGGAAGAAUAUGCUGUCAAUAUAAUAGAGGAUUUAAACAAUUUCGUCACUGGCUGGACCGACUGGAACAUCUGUCUCAAUGAGCAGGGUGGUCCAAACUGGGUUGAAAAUUUUGUCGACUCACCAAUUAUCGUCAACGCAACGUCGGACCAAUUUUAUAAACAGCCCAUGUUUUAUGCGAUGGGACAUUUCAGGUUUGUCGUUUCUUGUAUGUCCAGAUAUACAGAUAAGCAGCUAAUUAAGAGCACUUCCAGUGCAGGACAUCUUUAUGAAUCAUACAAUGGGCUUAAUGCCAAGCAUACCAAAAAUACUGCCCUGCUUCAACUGUUUGAUCUUGACGGCAUUAGCUCUUCACUAUUUGGUAGCUAA